UUCUUUGGUGAUUUGUGUCACUGGUUUCUCUACAGAUGCUGUGUAAAUUAAAUUGUUAAUGGGGUCCAAUAUCGGAAUGCUAAAUGUGUUAAUAUUCUGACGUACACCCAAACCACCCUCCUCCUCCUCUUCUCUGCGGGGACUAGUUAAGUUGGAGGCCUGCAAGCUCCUCUGAUUUAAUUCUGAGCUAUGAUCUUUUCCUCUCUGUACAGCUCCCAUCCUGAACUCUCUCCUCCCAGCAAACCUGGGAAUCUUCUAAACACGUCUCCAUGCUACACUGGGCUUCCAGGCCCGAGGCUGCCUUUGGGGACUCAUCUUUUGCCUUGUCACUGUCUCAGAGGGCCGAACACAGACAGGACAUUCUUCUCCAGCCUUCUUCCUGUCCUGGCUUUGAGUCUUCCCAGUGGAAAAUUCCAGCCAUAUCAGCUGGCGAUGCACCCCUGCUUCUUGUUGAACCGCGGUCUGAUGGAAUCGCUUCUAGAGUGGUGGCUGAGUCCUACCGUGGCAGUCUUGGCUGAAGAGGAAAUAAAAACAGAACAGGAGGUGGUAGAGGGCAUGGAUAUCUCUACUCGCUCCAAAGAUCCUGGUUCCGCAGACAGAGCAGCCCAGAAAAGGAAGUUCCCCAGCCCGCCACAUUCUUCCAAUGGCCACUCGCCACAGGACACCUCCACAAGCCCCAUUAAAAAGAAAAAGAAGCCGGGCUUACUGAGCAGUAACAGCAAGGAGCAGUCAGAACUAAGACAUGGUCCGUUUUACUAUAUGAAGCAGCCACUCACCACAGACCCUGUUGAUGUUGUACCGCAGGAUGGACGGAAUGAUUUCUACUGCUGGGUUUGUCACCGGGAAGGCCAAGUCCUUUGCUGUGAGCUCUGUCCCCGGGUUUAUCACGCUAAGUGUCUGAGACUGACAUCGGAACCAGAGGGGGACUGGUUUUGUCCUGAAUGUGAGAAGAUUACAGUAGCAGAGUGCAUCGAGACCCAGAGCAAAGCCAUGACAAUGCUCACCAUUGAACAGCUGUCCUACCUGCUCAAGUUUGCCAUUCAGAAAAUGAAACAGCCCGGGACAGAUGCAUUCCAGAAACCCGUUCCGUUGGAACAGCAUCCCGACUACGCGGAAUAUAUUUUCCAUCCCAUGGACCUUUGUACAUUGGAAAAGAACGCUAAAAAGAAAAUGUAUGGCUGCACGGAGGCCUUCCUGGCUGACGCCAAGUGGAUCUUGCACAACUGCAUCAUUUAUAACGGGGGAAAUCACAAAUUGACGCAAAUAGCAAAAGUAGUCAUCAAAAUCUGUGAGCACGAGAUGAAUGAAAUUGAAGUAUGUCCGGAAUGUUAUCUAGCUGCUUGCCAAAAACGAGAUAACUGGUUUUGUGAGCCUUGUAGCAAUCCACAUCCUUUGGUCUGGGCAAAACUGAAGGGGUUUCCAUUUUGGCCUGCAAAAGCCCUGAGGGAUAAAGACGGGCAGGUCGAUGCCCGUUUCUUUGGACAACACGACAGGGCCUGGGUUCCAAUAAAUAAUUGCUACCUCAUGUCUAAAGAAAUUCCCUUUUCUGUGAAAAAGACUAAAAGCAUCUUCAACAGCGCCAUGCAAGAGAUGGAGGUGUACGUGGAGAACAUCCGCAGGAAGUUCGGGGUCUUUAAUUACUCUCCAUUCAGGACACCGUACACGCCCAACAGCCAGUACCAGAUGCUGCUCGAUCCCACCAACCCCAGCGCAGGCACCGCCAAGAUAGACAAGCAGGAAAAGGUCAAGCUCAACUUCGACAUGACGGCGUCGCCCAAGAUCCUGAUGAGCAAGCCCAUGCUGAGCGGGGGCACAGGCCGCAGGAUCUCCUUGUCGGACAUGCCACGCUCCCCCAUGAGCACCAACUCCUCCGUGCACACGGGCUCCGACGUGGAGCAGGACCCUGAGAAGAAGACCACCUCCAGCCACUUCAGUGCCAGUGAGGAGUCCAUGGACUUCCUUGAUAAGAGCACAGCUUCACCAGCCUCCACGAAGACGGGACAAGCAGGGAGUCUGUCCGGCAGCCCGAAGCCCUUCUCCCCGCAAGCGUCUGCGCCCAUCAUGACGAAAACGGAGAAAACAUCCACCACCGGAAGCAUCCUGAACCUUAACCUGGAUCGGAGCAAAGCGGAGAUGGACCUGAAGGAGCUGAGCGAGUCCGUCCAGCAGCAGUCCACCCCGGUCCCUCUCAUCUCCCCCAAGCGGCAGAUCCGCAGCAGGUUCCAGCUGAAUCUCGACAAGACCAUAGAGAGCUGCAAAGCACAGUUAGGCAUAAAUGAGAUCUCGGAAGAUGUGUAUACGGCCGUGGAGCACAGCGAUUCGGAGGAUUCUGAGAAAUCAGAUAGUAGUGACAGUGAGUAUAUAAGUGACGAUGAGCAGAAGUCUAAGAAUGAGCCAGAAGACGCAGAGGACAAAGAGGGCAGCGGAAUGGACAAAGAGCCACCUGCUGCCAAAAAGAAGCCCAAGCCCACUAACCCCGUGGAGGUCAAAGAGGAGCUGAAAAGUUCGUCUCCAGUCAGCGAGAAGGCAGACCCAGGGGCCGCCAAGGCCAAGGCCAGCCCAGAGCCCGAGAAGGACUCUGUGGAGAGAGCCAAGCCGUCACCUCAUCCCACAAAGGACAAACUGAAGGGAAAAGAUGAGACGGAUUCCCCAACGGUGCACUUGGGCCUGGACUCUGAUUCGGAGAGUGAACUUGUCAUAGACUUGGGAGAAGACCAUUCUGGGCGGGAGGGUCGGAAAAACAAGAAGGAAUCCAAAGAGCCACCUCCCAAGCAGGACGUUGGAGGUAAAGCGCCGCCGUCCGCGACGUCGGGCAGCCAGUCUCCCCCCGAAACACCGGUGCUCACCCGCUCUUCCUCCCAAACUCCCGUGGCUGGGGUCCCGGCCACCACCAGCACGACGUCCACCGUCUCGGUCACCGCGCCCGCCGCCGCCGCCGUCACAGGAAGCCCGGUGAAAAAGCAGAGGCCACUCUUGCCGAAGGAGACUGCCCCGGCCGUGCAGCGGGUCGUGUGGAACUCGUCAAGUAAGUUUCAAACGUCCUCCCAAAAGUGGCACAUGCAGAAGAUGCAGCGCCAGCAGCAGCAGCAGCAGCAGCAGCAGCAGCAGCAGCCUCAGUCUUCCCAGGGGACGCGCUAUCAGACCAGGCAGGCCGUGAAAGCUGUGCAGCAGAAGGAGGUCACCCAGAGCCCGUCCACGUCCACCAUCACCCUGGUGACCAGCACACAGCCAUCGCCCCUGGUUGCAUCUUCCGUCAACGCCGACCUGCCCAUCGCCACAGCCUCGGCCGAUGUCGCCGCGGACAUCGCCAAGUACACGAGCAAAAUGAUGGACGCGAUCAAAGGAACGAUGACGGAGAUAUACAACGAUCUUUCCAGAAACACUACCGGAAGCACGAUCGCUGAGAUCCGCCGGCUGAGGAUCGAGAUUGAGAAGCUGCAGUGGCUGCACCAGCAGGAGCUCUCGGAGAUGAAGCACAACCUGGAGCUGACCAUGGCUGAGAUGCGGCAGAGCCUGGAGCAGGAGCGGGACCGGCUCAUCGCCGAGGUGAAGAAGCAGCUGGAGUUGGAGAAGCAGCAGGCGGUGGACGAGACCAAGAAGAAGCAGUGGUGCGCCAACUGUAAGAAGGAGGCCAUCUUCUACUGCUGCUGGAACACCAGCUACUGCGACUACCCCUGCCAGCAGGCCCACUGGCCCGAGCACAUGAAGUCCUGCACCCAGUCAGCCACCGCCCCUCAGCAGGAAGCGGACACCGAGGUGAACACGGAAACUCUGAAUAAGUCCUCCCAGGGAAGCUCCUCCGGCACGCAGCCCGCUGCCUCGGACACGACCAGCACCUCCAAAGAGAAGGAGACGCCGGCUGAGAAGAGCAAGGACGGUGGCUCGACCCUCGACCUUUCUGGCUCCAGAGAGACGCCCUCCUCCAUUCUCUUAGGCUCCAACCAAGGCUCUGUUAGCAAAAGGUGUGACAAGCAGCCCGCCUCUGCCCCAACCACAGACCACCAGCCGCACCCCAACUACCCCGCCCAGAAGUACCAUCCCCGGAGCAGUAAGUCCAGUUGCUGGAGCGGCAGCGAAGAGAAGCGAGGGUCGGCCCGCUCCGAGCACAGCGCCAGCACCAAGAGCCUCGUCCCGAAAGAGUCUCGGCUUGACACCUUCUGGGACUAGGGGCAAGCUGUGACCCAGGCCACCCACGGGGGAGACGACUCGGAUACCAGGCGGGAGAGCAGCCACCUUCAGACUUGCGCGUGGCGAACACUCAGACUUGGCCCCGCCGCCGGGGCCGAGGGCAGCCGACACUACAGGCGUCCCGAGCCGGUGGCCCGGGCACUGCUGGACGACAGGAGCCUGAUGUUUAGGUGUAGAUAAUGUACAGUUGUGGAUGUCACUGAAUCUAGAGUACCUUCCCUUUUUAUAUUUGUAUCGACUUUAACUUAUAAAAAAAGAAAAACAAGUUUAAAAAAAAAAAAAAAAAAAACACCCAACAACAAAAGGAAUGUUUGGCUGUUGAGGCGGGAAGGUCAGCCGGCCCCGGGCACCGCGGUCCUGGGGCUGGGCCUGGGGAUCGCCGUGCACAGGUCCUCAUCCUUGGCACCCAGGGAAGCGAGCCGUUGUCCUGCGUCUGUCCACAGCACGUUGGUCAGGAUUGGAUGGGCACAGCGUGCCAGGCCAUCGGUCCCUUGCAGAUACUACGUCACUGUGUUCCAACGUGAGCUCUCCAGACCGGGACACGUGCAGGGGUGUGUUUACCUCGUGUGAUUUCAGUGAUGGCUCCUAAAAGGGAAAAACAACAUCCUUGUUUACAGAAGAUGCUCAGGGGCAAGCAGGCCCCGCCCAGCUCCUCACCGAGCCAAGAACGCAGAAGUGCCAGGGUCAGAAACGGCGACAGAGAGUCUUGUCUUUGCUUUGUGGUUCCUUUAAUCUCUCUCUCUCUCUCUCUCUCUCUCUCUCUCUCUCACACACACACACACACACACGUCAGAGAUGCUGUACUUCCCAGAAGCAGGAACUCAAAGGCAAGAGGCGCACAGAGGACCCGUGAGCCCAAUGAAGCAUGUAUGUAUUAUUUAUAUAAUGGAGCUCUAUGUUUUUAUGUGAGCAUGAAACAGUGGCGGUAUGAGAGAAAGCAAGACCCGUCAUGCUGUCUGUUACACUACGUAAGCUGUAGUACCAUUUUGUAUGUUGUGUAAAACAAAAAGCAUUGAUCAAAGCAAAAGGUGAUGUAUGUAUAUGAGAAUAUUAAUUGUACGAUAUCAUUCCAGAACAUGCUGUUGUACAUUUUAGUCUCGUUUACUUUCUCUUCAUUGUUGAUAAGAGGAUGCAAACUGUACAGUUUCCAGCUAGUUACCCAUAUUAGAGAAGAAAUAAGAAGAGAUACUAGAAGAAAACAGGAGAGAAAGAACACUUGUGAAUUGCAGUUGUCAAAAAAAAAAAAAUAGCCUAGCUGGCCUUAUUUGUGAAGCAUAAUUGCUUUUAGCAUAUGGAAGUAUUUUUUCACAUUUUCUUUGUAUAAAAUUUGUAUUAAACUUAAAUAUCUUUUUGA